AUGGCCUGUUUUGCAGAAGAUCCUAGAAAUCUUAAACUUGGCUUGGCUGCUGAUGGCUUUAAUCCUUUUUCAAACAUGAGCACAACUUAUAGUUGUUGGCCUGUAAUGCUUGUUACAUAUAAUUUGCCGCCUUGGUUAUGCAUGAAGAAAGAAAAUAUCAUGUUGACUUUAUUAAUUCCAGGACCUAAACAACCGGGUAAGGACAUUGAUAUUUAUUUGCAGCCUCUGAUAGAAGAUCUACAAGAAUUGUGGAAUAAUGGUGUAAAUGUUUAUGAUUCGUACACCAAUUCUUGUUUUAAUUUAAGGGCUAUUUUGAUGUGGACCAUAAAUGAUUUUCGAGGCUAUGGAAAUCUUUCUGGAUGUACAACAAAGGGAAAAGUAGCAUGUCCAUUGUGUGGUGACAAGACAAAUGAGUUGCCAUUACGCCAUAAUUUGGAUGUUAUGCAUGUUGAAAAGAACAUUUGUGAGAGUAUAAUUGGCACAUUAUUUGACAUCAGUGGAAAAACAAAAGACAAAAUCAAUGCUCGAAAAGACUUAGAAGAUAUGGGAGUUUGUCAUGAGUUGCAUCCAAAAGAUCAUGGGUGUAGAACAUACCUUCCAGCGGCUUCACAUACGUUAUCAAAGACGGAGAAAGAAAAUUUUUCAUUAAGAGGUUUGUUACCCAAGGGACCAAGAAUGGCAAUUAUGCGAUUAUGUGCAUUUUUUAAUAAAUUAUGUCAACGAGUUAUUGAUAGAGAAGUUGUGGUUGCACUAGAAGAUGAAGUUGUUGAAACCAUAUGUUUUAUUGUAGAAUGUUAUCUUGUUGAUGAAACUGUUAUUUUCUAUAGUGGGUAUUUUAAACAUGAUUUUGGAGGAAAUGAUCAAAAUGCUCGUAAUCAAGAUUUCUUUUCUGACGUAAUUCUAGAAGGUCAUCCAAUCUUGGGAGGAAAGUCAAUGUCAUUAAGUGAUGAAGUGUUAGAGCGAGCACAUAGUUAUGUGUUAUUUAACACAACAGUGACCAAACCAUUUCUACAGAUGCAUUUGGAAGAGUUAAAGCAAUCCAACAAGAAUCUUGAGAGAAAUCACAACUUACUCCAAAAGACCCAUGCAAAUAAUUUUGCAACAUGGUUGAAAGAAAAGGUUUCAUUCCUAACCUCCAUAUGUGAGGAUGGAGAAACACUAAAGUGGCUUGCAAAUAGUCCAAGGAAUCAUGCCAUGAGUUAUAAUGGUUAUGUUAUAAAUGGACAAAGGUUUCACACAAAGGAUGUUGACAAAUCAACACAAAAUAGUGGUGUUUCAAUUGAGGCGACAACAAUAUGUCGAGCAAGUGCAAAAGACACUUCACAAGUUGUUGAUGUAGUUGCAUACUAUGGGGUGAUAAAAGAAAUUAUCUUAUUAGAUUACUUUCAAUUUCAGCUUCCAAUAUUCAAGUGUCAUUGGGCGAAUGCUGGACAUGGAGUUAAGUUUGAAGAUGGUUUUACACUUGUCAAUUUGCACCAAAGUCAGAAUCAAUAUGUAAGGGAGCCAUUUUUCCUAGCAUCUCAAGCAAAACAAGUGUUUUACUCUAGAGAAAUCGAUUCACCUAGUUGGUACAUUGUGUUGAAGGCACCACCGAGAGGUUACUAUGAGCUGGAAAUGUAUAAUGAGGAUCAGGAUUUGACUAGUAGACCAGAAUAUGUUACAACACGCUAUAUGAACAUUUAUGAUGAUAGUGAGGAAGUUAGUUACGUGAUAGAGGAUUGUGAAGGUCUAUUGGUGUGA